AUGUUCGAACCGCUAAAGUUUAUGCACUUCCCUAUCCGAAUUUCGUCGGCAAUUCAAAAUAAACUUCCAAACGAAGCUAAAUGUCGUCAAAUGACGGAAUUGACGAGAGUAACAAUCAAGGAAGCUGCUGCUGAAGCCAACAUUGGAUAUAUUGCUGUUUCGGGUGUUUUUCAUGGUCAUGAAACGUUUUCUGCAGAUCCGCUUAUUUUGGAUCUUUUUGACCGAAGUGCUGCUCAUCCAAAUCAAAAAUGCUAUGCUAAAAUAGAAGAAAUGAUCGCCAAUUAUUUGCAAGCCGAAUAA